UAGGUGUACGUCGACGUCGGCUGCUAAGCCGACCGACCUAUGUGAGCUGUGGAUAUCAACACCUACGUCGUGCGCCGACGCUUCUUCUACCUACAGAAUAUAAUUAAACAUGGCGGACGCCCCGAUUGUCCUCGAUGGAGGAACCGGAUUCCUCAAGGCAGGAUACGCGGGGCAGAACUUCCCGGACCACCAAUACCCUUCCAUUGUCGGUCGACCAAUUCUGCGAUCCGAAGAACGCGAUGGCGAUAUAGUUGUCAAAGAUAUCAUGUGCGGAGACGAAGCAGCCGCCGCUCGCUCGAUGCUUCAAAUCACCUAUCCGAUGGAAAAUGGUAUCGUCAAGAGAUGGGAUGAUAUGCAACACCUCUGGGAUUUUACCUUUUAUGAGAAGAUGGGGAUUGAUACCACCGGACGCAAGAUUCUGCUGACCGAGCCGCCGAUGAACCCUCUCAAAAACCGGGAAAAGAUGUGCGAGGUCAUGUUCGAGCGGUAUAACUUUGGAGGUGUCUACGUGGCCAUUCAGGCUGUCUUGGCCCUCUAUGCUCAAGGUUUGAGCAGUGGUGUCGUUGUCGAUUCUGGUGACGGUGUCACGCAUAUUGUCCCCGUUUACGAAUCCACUGUUCUCAACCACCUCACCCGCAGACUCGAUGUCGCUGGCCGUGACGUGACGCGGAAUCUCAUCGCACUCUUGCUUCGACGCGGAUAUGCUCUCAACCGUACUGCCGACUUUGAAACCGUUCGUCAGAUUAAGGAGAAGCUCUGCUAUGUCUCGUACGACCUCGAGCUGGACCAACGCCUGAGCGAGGACACCACGGUGCUGGUGGAAAGCUACACUCUGCCCGACGGUCGUGUCAUCCGCGUCGGCAGCGAGCGAUUCGAAGCACCCGAAUGUCUCUUCCAACCGCAUCUCGUAGAUGUCGAACAGCCCGGCAUUGCAGAGUUCCUUUUCAACACCAUCCAAGCCGCCGACGUGGACGUCCGGAGUAGCUUGUACAAGGCAAUUGUUCUCAGCGGUGGCAGCAGCAUGUAUCCUGGCCUGCCGAGUCGAUUAGAGAAGGAAUUGAAGCAGCUGUGGUUGACAAGAGUGCUGCAGGGCAAUCCUGAGAGAUUGAACAAAUUCAAGGUCCGUAUCGAAGACCCUCCUCGUCGAAGACACAUGGUUUUCCUGGGUGGAGCCGUUCUCGCCAACAUUGUAAGUCGACUCCCUUUUUUUGCUUACUCGUCUUGGCUGUCGCAUUCUCCUAUGUAUAUGGUUGUCCUAGGCCUGGCUAACGCUUAUAUUUUUGCGACCAAACAGAUGGCAGACAAAGACAACAUGUGGGUUACGAAGCAAGAAUGGGAGGAAGAAGGCGCGCGGGCACUGCAGAAGCUUGGUCCGAGAUGAAGAAGAUGAAUGACUACCAUCUUGAUCCAUUGUAUCUUCGCUGCACAAUUCGUCAAUCACUCUAUACGCGCGCGCGCUCUCUCUCUCUCUCCCGUAUGUGUCUUUGAUUGAUCCCUCCUUUUGCUCCUGGGAGGGGCUUUGUCCUGUGCUUUGUUUCUCUGCCACCAAUGUUGUCUCUUUACUACUCUAUCUACUUUUUUUUCUGUUUCGCAUUUUGUGCAUAGAAUACACCAACCCCAACACCAUAAGUCUCUAA